CUAGCUCGGUACCUCUUAUAUGAAAAUAAAUAAACUUAUUGGGCACUGGCCUGAAACUGUUCAGUUGCCAUAUUUUUACGCCAAAAUUCUAUGUAUUAAUUACAGGGAUGGAACUAAAAAAUACAGUUUGAUGUUUAUGUACAAAUAGAAUUUUUCGUAUUUAAAUUCAUAUCAAUGUACCAAGUAUAUCGGUAGCAUUUAUGAUACUUCUUCGAACCUUACAUGAUUCAAUGUCGAUAACGAAAACAUGGUUGUUGUUCUCCAUUUCAAUGGUUUCUGAGAAAAUGCCGGAUUGAGUCACACCCUGUAUAUUAUUCGUACAAACAUUUAUAUACGUAAUAUACUUUAACAAACCACACCAGAGUUUGUUUAGUGGCUUCCUUCGCGGUGGUAUCAGUAAACAUGAUGCGAGUUUCAUGCUCAAUUUUCGUACUCUUUGCCCUCUUUAUAGAGGCUUACCCUUACCCUACAGCAGUUCCUGGCGUGAAACAAUGUUUCAAGCAUACUUGUCCCUCGAACACUUAUGCCUGUGAAAAGAGGGCAAAAAUUAGCGAAGACAAGAAAUACAUUGUAUCAGAGGUUAAGUGUCUUGGAUCGAGAGACAUGGUACUGAAGACAUUCAGGGAGCAGCAAGACAACAUUUUCAGCCCUGGUACAGACUUCCAAAGUUACUCGUAUGCCGGAUCUUGGACGUUAACAGCUGAUGAUUCUGAUGAAGAUUUUCCAAAAGCAGGAAGUAAUUACGGCGGUACCUUGGGCGUUACGGAAGGCAGAGACACCGAAAUCGUUGACACUAACUUGAUCGAUUCUGACAAGCAUUUCAGGGCUAGCACUGCUAGUGAAAUUGACGAUUUGAAUUCUUAGAAGUAAUAAAGUCUUCUAUGUGUUUAUAUGCGUUAUUCCUUAUGUGUGAGUGUGAUUUGACGAUACCCUUGCGAAAUUUUGAACGGAUGAGAAAUAUAAUUGUUACUUAGAAUAGGAGUGUGUCAAUAAAAAAUGAAAACUGUAGGAUACUUCCAGCUUAAUUAUGAGUAGUUAAUUAUUAUUACGAUAAUGUAGUUAAUAUGUGAUUAUUAAAUAAUGGACUCUAAAAUAUUUUUAAUGCCAACUUUUCAUCACAAUAUUCCAUUAUUGUUAACAUAUUUAUAUCUAUUAUAAAAUUAUGGACAUACAUAGUAAACAGAAUUGAAAAUGUGAUCAACUAUUUUUUUUAAAUAAAAUAAUGUAUUGAAACUGCCUAUUUAUUACGUCAACUAUAUUGUGUAUUGUUUCUAAAAUAUUUAAGAGAGCCUUCUUCUUCGUCCAUGUAAGCAUCUUAGUGGUGAAGUUUUUCGAACUUGAAAUAAUUCAGUUUUGAAUGGACGGAUAAAGUUUGAAGACGUUUUUGUUCAAUACCAGGUUAUGAGGAAAUCCGUUUAUUUGCGAAAAAAUAACUAACAGAUACAAAGCUUUUACUCUUUUAGGGUAACGCCGCGUAUAUUAAACAUGUUCUAAUAAAAUUUUGCGUUUAUUAGUUUAGGGUAUAAUUAUUAGAAGUCAUGGAUUCAAAAAUGUUUUAAUCCCCCAAAGCUCCAAAGGUGUUGUGAUUUUUUUUUACUUCUUACACCUACUGGCGAGGAAGUAUUGUAGUCGCGAAAAUUUUUAAAAAUUAGAUGUGUUUUUUGGAUCUUAUAUGAUAUGUAUGCCACGAAAAACCAUGUCACUCAUUUCCGUUGGUCUGUCUGUGUGUCCGUCUGUAAGCCAGUCUUUGAACUGCCUAUGACUAGGAAGGUACUGCUGUGAUUUGGAUGAAAUUUCCACAGAAGGUUACUACAAUGCCCAGGACAAAAAAGCUUUGUAGUUUUUGAAAAUCGCAAUGGUGACGUCGAAGCUGACGUGACGUUUCAGAGGCUCCUUAUAGUUUUUAGAAAUAAUUUUGUGGUGGCUGAA